UAUGGAGGUCCGUACUGGCGUUACCAUUACCUUGAGUGCUCCAAUGUUACAACGGUUGUGGGACACACAGCAUGGUUCAAGCAAGUCAACGGAUCAGAGCCUGUGUGUAUCUCGUCUAUGUACGGCUUUAAUUCAACACCUGAUCUCCACUAUGGUUUUCAAAGGAGCCAUUUUGAAAUGUUCAGCAACAACACCACUGGCUUUCUCACAAUUACAAAAGUGGAAAUAGCUGACUGUGGCCUGUAUUUCUGUGGAUUGUAUCCACAUAGCCACAUGUUCUUUGUCAACGCAAAAGUUUUAAAAUAUCAAGGUUAGUUUUCAACUUUUUAUCUGGCUUUUGUUACAUUUUCAACUUUUUAUCAAUCUAAUCAGGAGUUAUCAUAAAACAAAGGCAAACCAUUGAUGGACAUAUUUUUUUAUAAUUUGGAGAAGAAAUACGUAUUUAUUCUUACUAAUCUCGAUUUUAUAGACCACAAUGAGGUGAGGAAAUACCAGAGUCAUCUAAAGAGAGUGAGUUUAUUUUUCUUUGUCAUGUAGGGGAAAAUAAAUAAGCAAGAAACAAAAACACAAAAUGUUUGUCUUUAAAGGGCCACCAAAUGAUGUAAUAACAUGUCAUCUAAUAGGACAUUGUAAUGGAACUAUCAGUCUAGUAGGAGAGGAAGUUGAUGGAACCAUGUACCUCCUCCCCCUGGUUGUGAUCCUGGGUGUUGUGACUGCUGUUCUACUGAUAGUCAUCCUCAUCCUGGUCCUCAAGAUCAGACGAGAGGCAAAAGCACACAACACAGGUAGGAGCCCAUUUCAUGAUAAUAUGGGACCUGUGAACUACACUUCAAAUGUGGAUGUUUUUCCCGUGACAUACUGUACAAUGAUGACCAGAAGAGUCAGUGUGUACGCUAGAAUGGAAUGAUCCGUUAAUCUGUUCUCUCAUCUCUCUUUUAUAUCAUAUUCAGGACCUGAUUCUCAAAGACAACCACAAAAUGAUCAGGUAAAUACUGUGUCAUUAAAUAUCUACAGAAUCAAGAUCCAGAUGCAUUGAAUUAAGCCACCCUGAAUUUAACCUCCAAGAAGAGGAAGAUGGAGAGGAGAAGAGAGAAGGAGCUGGACCCCCAUGUAGUGUAUGCUGCUACAAGAUGACAAAGUGGAGGAGGAUGGAAGAGGAGGAAAAUUGGUUGGCCAUAUCUUUGAAUACACGUUUAAAUCUUGCUAUAUUGUAUAUGUGUAGUUAUAUUAAAUGUAUUGAAAUGUAAGUCAAUCGAUCUCUGCAGUGUAUGUUUGUUAGUUGUACCUCAGGGCUACUUUAGCUCUCUCUAACUCAGUUAGGCCACACAGCUCAGUGGUACAGGGUGUGGUUAGAGAGGAGGAGUUAGAAGUCAAAACACAACUGUUUAAUGGCUUCAGAGGAGUAGUUGCCUCUUUUGGCCUCUCUUAACUUAGAUCUCUGUUGUGUGUGUUAGUGAUUUGGUUAUUUUUUUACAGGGUGGCCCUGAGGGGCAAAGGACCCAGCAGUAGACAAUUACAUUAUACUGAUCACUUC